AUGCGCCUGAGGCUCAGAGAGCCUCAGCUCUUUGUCCUUGUGUCUGUCCAGUCCCUACUGCAUCCACAUCCCAGACGUGAGCUCUGCUCCUACUCCAGGGACCCUCCCACCCAGCUGCAGGAACAAGACUUAGCAUCCUCCAGGAACGAAGACCUGACCAGAACUCUUGGCUUUGUGUUCUCAGGGGAUUGCUGGCUGCUAGCUGCCAUCGCCUCCCUCACCUUGAAUGAAGAAGUCCUGGCUCGGGUUGUGCCUCUAGAUCAGAGCUUCCAGGAAAACUACGCAGGCAUCUUCCAUUUCCAGUUCUGGCAAUAUGGCGAAUGGGUGGAGGUGGUGGUGGACGACAGGCUGCCCACUAAGGACGGGGAGCUGCUCUUUGUGCACUCAGCGGAGGGGAGCGAGUUCUGGAGUGCCCUGUUGGAGAAGGCCUAUGCCAAGAUCAACGGAUGCUAUGAGGCACUCUCAGGGGGAGCCACCACCGAGGGCUUUGAGGACUUCACAGGAGGCAUUGCCGAGUGGUACGAGCUAAGGAAGCCUCCUCCCAACUUGUUCAAGAUCAUCCAGAAGGCUCUACAGAAAGGCUCUCUGCUUGGCUGCUCCAUCGACAUCACCAGCGCUGCAGAUUCCGAGGCUGUUACGUACCAGAAGUUGGUGAAAGGACAUGCAUACUCUGUCACUGGAGCCGAGGAGGUUGAAAGCUCAGGAACCCUGCAGAAAUUGAUCCGAAUCCGGAAUCCCUGGGGACAAGUGGAGUGGACCGGGAAGUGGAAUGACAACUGCCCCAGCUGGAACACAGUUGACCCAGAAGUGAGGGCGAAUCUAACAGAACGGCAGGAGGACGGUGAAUUCUGGAUGUCCUUCAGUGACUUCCUGAGGCACUAUUCUCGCCUGGAGAUCUGCAACCUGACCCCCGACACCCUCACCUGCGACUCCUACAAGAAGUGGAAACUCACCAAGAUGGAUGGGAACUGGCGGCGAGGCUCCACUGCAGGGGGCUGCAGGAACUACCCAAAUACCUUCUGGAUGAACCCCCAGUACCUAAUCAAGCUGGAGGAAGAAGACGAAGAUGAUGAGGAUGGGGAGAGAGGCUGCACCUUCCUGGUGGGCCUCAUCCAGAAGCACCGGCGACGGCAGAGGAAGAUGGGCGAGGACAUGCACACCAUCGGCUUCGGCAUCUACGAGGUUCCAGAAGAGUUCACAGGGCAGACCAACAUCCACCUUGGCAAGAACUUUUUCCUCACAACCCGAGCCAGGGAGCGGUCAGACACCUUCAUCAACCUGCGAGAGGUACUCAACCGCUUCAAGCUGCCCCCGGGAGAAUACGUCCUUGUUCCCUCCACCUUCGAGCCCCACAAGGAUGGUGACUUUUGCGUCCGUGUCUUCUCUGAGAAGAAGGCUGACUACCAAGCUGUUGAUGAUGAAAUCGAAGCCAACAUUGAAGAGAUUGAAGCCAAUGAGGAGGACAUUGAAGAUGGGUUCAGAAGGCUGUUUGCUCAGCUGGCAGGGGAGGAUGCAGAGAUCUCUGCCUUUGAGCUGCAGACCAUCUUGAGAAGAGUUCUGGCCAAGCGCCAAGAUAUCAAGUCAGAUGGCUUCAGCAUCGAGACCUGUAAAAUCAUGGUGGACAUGCUAGAUGAAGAUGGGAGUGGCAAGCUGGGACUGAAGGAGUUCUACAUCCUCUGGACGAAGAUUCAGAAAUACCAAAAAAUUUACCGGGAAAUCGACGUUGACAGGUCUGGAACCAUGAAUUCCUACGAGAUGCGGAAAGCCCUGGAAGAAGCAGGUUUCAAGCUGCCCUGUCAACUCCACCAAGUCAUCGUUGCCCGGUUUGCAGAUGAUGAACUCAUCAUCGAUUUUGACAACUUUGUCCGCUGUUUGGUUCGGCUGGAAACACUAUUCAGUACGUGGCUCUUCCCAUUCCAUUCACCAGGAGUUAAGGCCUCUCUCAGUGGUUCUCAACCUGUGGGUCGCGACCCCUUUGGGACUUGAACUACCCUUCCACAG